GCAAGGAUCCUCCGAAAAGUUCUGCUCGCUGAAACGCGCGCCUCCCGCCGGGCAUGCUCAGUGCAAAGGCCAGGCUGGGGCGGGGGUGGCUCAAAGUUUUGGGCGGAAGAUCCAGGCUCCUCCCUCCGGCUCGGGGAGAGCGGAGACCCGGGAGAGGCAAGGAAGGGAAGAGACCGCACAAGCCGGAGAGUCGUCAGCGGAGCGCGCUGCGCCCCUGGCCUGCCUGGGCUCCGGGUCCUGCGUCGCAGACCUGGGAGGGACGGCGCUCAGGGCCGCUGGCCGAGGCGGUGGGAGGCGGCGGACGGGAUGCGGCCGGGCCGCGGCCUGAGCGACCCCGAUGGCCCGCGGAGGAGAGGCCUGCGGGAGCGAGGCGCGGCUGCUGCUGGGCCGGGAAGCUGUGCGGCCGGUGCCCGCGCUGCUGGUCCCCGCGGUGCUGCUGGGCGCCGCGCUCGGCCUGGGCCUCGGCCUCUGGCUCGGCUGCCGCGCCAUCCGCCGGCGGCCAAGACAACAGGUGGACAACCCUCGAAGUCUGCUCAAGAACCUGGAGCCUAACGCAGAGGCCUCCUUGGAAACCGGCUCCCUGGCCAGGAGGAGGAGGAGAGGAGCUCGGACCUUGAAGGAGGCGGAGGCUCUGGACGAGCACGAGCCGUCUGUCAACAGCAAUGUCACAGCGUUCGCCCUGAAGGCCAGAGUCGUCUAUCCCAUCAACCAGAAGUUCCGGCCGCUGGCCGACGGCUCCUCCAACCCAUCCCUGCACGAGAACGGGAAGCAGGCGGCCCUGCCCAACCAGCCGGCGGAGGCGUCCCCGAGCAGCAGCCUGGGCAGCCUGAGCCCGGCCGAGAAGGACGGUGACCGCAGCUCCUCGUCCAGCCUGCGCUCGGCCGCCAGCGACGACCGCUUCCUUGGCCGGGCCUUCCUCCGGGCGGACAGCUUCCCCGAGCUGCUGGCCUGUGAGAGCGCCGACCUUGACCUGUGCAUCUAUAACCUUCACCUGAAAGAUCUGCUGGAGCUAGACACGGCGCUGAGGCAGGACAGGCACGUGAUGUUUAUUCAGGUCUUAAAAAUGUGCCUGCUGGACAUUUUUCCGAAAAAGAAGUCGGACGAUGAGUUCUACCAGAAGAUUCUUUCAAAACAAGAAAAUGAGCUGCGGGAGCUGGAAAGGGGGCUGCGGGUCAGACUAUCGGACACGGAGGUGCUGGGCUCCGGCGACCCCGAGUUCGUGACCCUGGCGGCCGUGGAGAAGAAGGAGCGCGAGCACGCGGAGCAGCUGAUGGACAACAUGGAAGCUUUCUGGAAACAGAUGGAAAACAUCCAGCACUUGCUCGUGGACCAGUUUAAGUGUUCCAGCUCCAAAGCCCGACAGCUCGAGACGAGUCUGACAGAGAGAAUGAUCGCAGCGGAGGGGUGGCUGCGGGACUCCCAGGACCUGCAGGCUCUGGACAUCCUGGAGCGGACGAUGGGGCGGGCGCACAUGGCCAAGGCGAUCGAGUCCCUGAGGCAGCAGGUCCAGGAGGAGACCAAGUGCCGGCUGGCCGCCAUCUCCCGCAGCCUGGACGGGCUGACCGUCGAGGGGAGACUGUCGGGGGGGCAGAAGGAGGAGCUGCUGACCCAGCAGCACAAGGCCUUCUGGGAGGAGGCGGAGCGCUUCGGCUCGGAGUUUGUCCGGCGAGGCAAAGAGCUGGUCCAGGCGUCGCGGGUUCGCCAGGCGGAGGGGACGGCCGCGUUGAUGCUGGCCCAGGAGGAGGAGCGGAAGAACUUCCUGGCAGAGGCGCCGCUGACCGCUGACCCCGACGGGCUCCUGCAGGCUUUCCACGAGGUCCUGGAGCGGCAGCGGCUGACACGCAGCGACCUGGAGGAAGAGGACGACCUCAGAACCACCGAGGCCAUGGCUGCACUCUGCCAGGAGCUGUUCCGCGGCACCGUGGCGGCGUUCCAGGCGUUCGUGGACACCCUGUUCCUGCAGACGCUCCCGGGCCUGACCCGCCUCUCCCGCGAAGAGUGCGGGCGCCUGAGCCAGGAGGCCCAGCAGGACGCCGCCCUGCGGCUGGGCCGGUCCGACCGCUUCCGGAAGCAGCAGUGGGAGCUGUUCCAAGGUCUCCUGGAGCAAGAGGAGCAGGUGUGGAUGGAGGAGCUCGCCCUGGCCGCGGUGCUGCAGACCCACCUGCGGGACGAGCAGGACAGCGUCACCCGCCAUGUGCUGGGCCGGCUCGGGGGCCUCAGUGAAGAGUCCACGCAGUGGCUCCUGCAGGAGCACGACCUGCUGCUGCGCUCGGCCCUGCGGAGGCUGGCGCUCCGCGGCCACGCCGUGGCCGCCCUGACCCAGAUGCGGCUGUCGGGGAAGAAGAGCCUCCUGCAGGAGCUGCGCGAGCAGCGCGCCCUGGAGCAGGGCUCCGCCCACUGUCUGGACGAGCACCAAUGGCAGCUGCUCAGAGCCCUGGAGGCACGUGUGCGGGAGGAGACCGGCAGGCUGCAGGAGGAGGCGCAGCGGACGCGGCUGCAGCUCCAGCAGCAGCUGCUGGCAGAGGCCCAGGAGGUGGGGCGGCUGCUGCAGCAGCGCAUGGAGCACGCCAUCGGGCAGGCGCUGCUGGGCCACGCGCGGACCGUGGCCACCAAGAGCCGGGCCAAGGACCGGGAGGACUUCAAGAGGACGCUGCUGGAGGCGGCCGUGGAGAGCGUCUACGUGACCAGCACGGGCGUGGCGCGGCUGGUGCGGCCCUACUACCAGCAGGUGGGCAGGGUCGUGCGGGACCACGAGGAGCGCAAGCUGGAGCAGCUGAGGGCCCUGCAGGGGGAGAGGACGGAGAGCUACCGGCUGCGGAAGAAGCAAGAACUCGGUGACCCUUCGCUGGGGGACCAGGUGGCAGGGGGGGCCCGUGAAGCACCCCCAGGCAUCCACCAGAGGAUGCGGGCGCAGCAGCACAGGUUCCUGGCCCAGUUCACCGCGCACCAGCGCCUGCGCCUGGAGACGUGGCAGCGGAGGGCCGGCGUCCUGGACCACCUGGAGGGGCAGCUGGAGGCCCAGCUGCAGGACGCCGAGCAGGGCUUCCUGUCCGGGCUGGCGGCCUUGGCCCACGUGCCCCUCACUGAGAGCAAGCCAUCGUCCAGUAAGCGCGGGCUGCCAGAGAAGCCCGUGAGGACCAAGAGGAAGAAGCCCCCGCCACGGGAGAGAGGGGACCCUGGGGCGCCCAGCAACGACGACCCUGCUGCAUCUGGGGAACACCCUGCAGCAUCGCUCAGCAAACGGCUGAGCCAGCAGGAGAGCGACCCUGGUGACGGCGAGAAUGCAAAGAGGAUGCUGAAGAGGAGGAGCAACCUGUAGUCGAAGGCCUCUCGUUGGGGGCCAAACAGAAGCCCUGAUCGGAGGGCACAGCCCCCCCCUCCACCCCCGUGAGGGGGGCCCACCCACCUGGGGACGGACGGGCAGGACCUCCCUGUGAUCAUGGGCUUGUCGUGAGGGGCAGAGGUCGGACGUUCGGGCACCCAAGAAAGUUCGAGGGAGUGUGGCAGACCCCCCGCCCGCGACGGUCAGACACCCCCGUGCCA